GCCGCCCAUCCGCGCCUGCGCCCCCGCGCUCCGCGGCCGCCCCCGGCCCUUUCCCUUUCCCCUUACCCGCUCCUCCUCCCGCGGCCGCCGCCAUGCUGGCGGAGCAGGAGAACCAGGAGAACGUCCCCCCGGCCGCCAAAGCCCCGCCGCCCGCCGCCGGCACCCGCGUGGCGUUGGGGCUGCUGCGGGGCGGCCCACGGCGCGCUGACGGACCGCUCCCGCAGGCGGCGCGGAACGGGGAGGGCCACGGCGCGGCGGCGGGGCGGCACCAGCCCUUCAGCGUCUACGUGGACGAGCCCGAAGAGGAGCGGCGGCGGCCCCAGAGAAAGAAGGAGCGGGAUGAGGAGGCGGCGGACGCGCUGGGGCUGCGGGCCGCCCUCGGGACCGUGGGGGAGCGGCGGCCCCUGGCGCCCCUGGGCAACGCCAUGGAGCUCAGCCUCGAUUCCCCAAGUAUCAUGGAUAUCUCGAUAACUUCGGAACCGGAAGAGAGAAGACCAAACGUUAACAAUGUGCCAGAUUACAUCACCGAUAUCCACACGUACCUUAGGGAAAUGGAGGUAAAAUGCAAGCCUAAAAUAGGCUACAUGAAGAAGCAGCCUGACAUCACCAACAACAUGCGGGCUAUUCUGGUGGACUGGCUGGUGGAAGUUGGAGAAGAGUACAAACUACAGAAUGAAACUCUGCACUUAGCUGUAAAUUACAUUGACAGGUUUCUUUCUUCGAUGUCUGUUUUGAGAGGAAAGCUUCAGCUUGUGGGUACUGCGGCUAUGCUUCUUGCAUCGAAGUUUGAGGAAAUCUACCCCCCUGAAGUAGCAGAGUUUGUCUACAUCACAGAUGACACCUAUAACAAGAAGCAAGUUCUGAGGAUGGAGCACUUAAUUUUGAAGGUUUUGUCAUUUGAUUUGGCAGCUCCGACGAUCAACCAGUUCCUCACUCAGUAUUUCCUGCAUCAGCAGACAAAUGCUAAAGUCGAGAGCUUAUCGAUGUAUCUUGGAGAGCUGACUCUAAUUGAUGCUGAUCCUUACUUGAAAUACUUGCCAUCAGUUAUUGCUGCUGCAGCAUUUCAUCUAGCAGGCUAUACAAUCACUGGACAAACUUGGCCUGAAUCUCUGUGCAAAGUGACAGGCUACACCCUUGAACACAUUAAGCCUUGCCUCAUGGACCUUCACAAGACCUACCUCAAAGCAGCACAACACACGCAACAGUCCAUAAGGGAAAAGUACAAGAGCACAAAGUACCAUGCAGUAUCGCUUAUUGACCCACCAGAGACACUAGAUUUGUAAUAAUCAAGAGACUUAUCUUUUAAAUAGGUAGAUGUAUAUUACAAGGAAAUGAUGUACAGUUUUUAAACAUGGUUCAAAGUUCUAGGUGUGAUUACUCAGAAUAUUAAUGCAGGUUUAUAUGAGCUUAAUUCUGAAGUUAGUUUUAUGUGGUUUUAAUGUAAAUCUUUUGUACAUGGAAUCUUCUUAAAAUAUGUAGCUAUGUUUUUAUAAGAAUGUUCUCUUGAAGCACGGAAUUAACCAUGCAGACCAAGUGAAGUCUGAGACUGCUUAUCUAAUUAUAGACUUAACAGUAAUACUAGCAGUGCAUUAUUAUCACAGGGCUUUUUCACCUUCCAAGUAAGAGAGACUUGAACUCCACAGUGGUAUUUGUAGCAUUUUUAUACUCGGCUUAGAUUAGGGGGACUUAGUAUGGCUCAACAGCUAUAAUACUGGAAGAAACUGUAUUGCUAUGAGGAGAACACCUUGCUGAAAUUGACUUUUGUGACACUCUCUGGGAUGUGCCGGUUACUGGAAGCCCUGAUUUCUCUUUAAUGGAUUGCCAGCUCUUCAUCAUUAAAGGUUCAAUGCUCUGCUGCAGGAACUGCACAGCUGAAACUAGUAAACUACACACAGAAAGUGGUCUUACUAUAGUUAUUUUCUAGUCAAAGUGUAAAACUGAUACUAAUUUUAAACCCAUGGAGUUCCCACUAAUGCUUUAGCUUUCCCAACAGCCCAACGAUGUAGUAAAUAAACCUACAGCCUGCUUACCUCUUUAGGGGUGGUAGAACGAUUAUACUGCAGGAGAGUGAACUACUGCUCUGUGCCCUGGAGAGGAAACAAUGUCUUCUGGUGUGAGUGGGCUACGUGCAGAAUGGUACUAAUUCUGUACAUCCCUCUCACUUGGGAAGGAUUCCUUCUGGGGCAUGCAGCAAAAAUGUAAACCAAGUGAUCAUAUUUUUCCUUAGUUACUAGAAUUGUUAAAUGAAAAUCUAGCAUGUAAGUGUCAUUUGAUGAAAUGGAUGUCUGCCUUCAACCUGUAUAAAUGGAGUGAUGCUCCCUGUACCUACUGUUCUUGAUGUAUGUAAAGAAGUGAAUGCAUGGAGGUGCUGAAUUUAACUGAGCCAUUUCCAGGUUGGCAAAUAAACAAGUUUUACACCUGCUAUUAGCAGUCUUGCCAAUACCUUAAAAUCACUACCUGGUAGUAAUACCGGCUUAAAUCAGCAUUGUUUUUGAUUCUUUUGGCAAGGGCUGCCCUAUGAAACCUGUGCCCCUUAAACUUGAAGUUGAUUCAACACUGGUUGUCUGCACACCUAGCAAUAUAAAUUCUACAUGUGUGUGAAGUGGUGGGUGUGGGCUAUUUAAAAAAAAAAAAAAAGGAGAAAAUUAAAAAUCAGCAGCACUCUAUCAAGCUGCCAUCUAGCCAUCUAUGCAUUACUGUGAGACCAUUUACACAUCUAGAUUCAGUUACUAAAAGCUCACUGCUCUGUCCCACCCUGCUCUGUGUCUGAGCCCUCCAUGAACCAACUCAAGUUACUAAACAAUCUAGCCAAGCAGCUCAUCCAGUCAAGGCAAAAGUAUGCAAUGCAGGCUGCUUUUUGGCUAAUGAUGUAAGCAUUUCAGCAUGUGCUUUGACUCUUACACAUGUUCUAACGUUUAAAAAAGAGAUAUUUUCUUGGUCUGCUGUGUUCUUCAGUAGACUUCAAUUAGUCUACUUUCAGUAUCUUGCCACUGGAAAAGCUAAAACUAGUUGGGAAAGACUGCAUAAUAUAUCAUGUGUAGUGCUUAGUAUUUGAAAUGCUCUACCCUUGCAGGAGAGGGAAUAUGUAUAUACAGGAACAUGUGUGCCACAGUUGUGACAUGAGCUGGUGACCUUGGAAGGUCAAAUCAAAAAGCUGCAUUGGUCAGUAUCCUUUGAAGAUAACAAUGCUCUUUGUGAGAAACUGGCUUCUGCCUUCACCUUCUUGUGGCAUCUGCUGGGUAACUUUCAAGACCACUAAGAAGCACAAACAGUGGAAGAGGAGUUAAUUUUAGAGAAGCUUACCAAUUAUUUUCCGCAAAGAGUAGGUAUCAAUGAAGCGAAUGGACAUCAGUAUUAUAGUAUUAAUUUACUGCUUAAUGAAAUGUCCCCUUGCUGUUUUGAACGGAAGCCAUGCUCUUAUUGUUCCACAGUACAGAAAACAAAUUCUGCCUUGCUCCAUCAGCUUUGCUUCCAGCAUCUAGUAUCUGAUAUCGCUUCCUGUACAGCCUUAAUAAUGCCUUAGUCACAGGCUGGCAUCUCUGCCUAGUAUGACUGUGUUCCUCCGUGCUUGCUGACAGCUGCAGUAACAUUCUUUUCCACCUUCUCAUUCUCUAAAGCUAACAUGGGGGAGAUUCUAGCUCUCACCUGCAUAUUUUGAUCAAAAAAAUCCCAGGUUGUGCUGUACUACUGUUUUGCCUAUCCACUGUGCCUUCUCCCCUUUUGAAAUAAAGCCUCUGGGAAUGGAGGGUGUAAGGUGUUAAACAGGAAAAGGAGAUAAAUAGUAGUGGCAAAGUUUACUAUUUGUGUUCUUAAAAAAGUUGAAAGGCAUGCUGGAGAAAAAUAAACAAUUUGUGUGCAGAGCGUGUUGCAGAAGAACCAAUCUUCACUCAUUUCUGUGCUCUACAGCAACUUCCCGGGGGAAAAACUGACACUAAGGAAAUGCACUGGUUUAGCUCCUGGAGGAACAGGGCUUUGUGUUUGUCCCUUUCUGCUUUUCCUUAAAGCUUUGGUUGGCUGGGAGCAAUUUUUUUUUUUUUUUUUUUUUUUUGUCCACCAUUCAUUUCUGAAAGUGAUGCUGGGAAGUAGUAUCUGUGACAGCUACUUCUCUGCUGUUUAUAUGUCAUGUAAAACUAAGGUCACAUGUAAAAUAGUCCUACAUUACUCUUGUAAAUAUGUGCGUGUUUCUAAUUUACUUGGUUCUCAAAACAAAGCAGACAGGUUUGAGACAUCCUCUGUUUUGCCAGAUUUUAAAUUUGGAGUCUCAUUCUUUGAAUGUAGUUCAAGAAGAAUUCAUGUCUGUGCAUGUAAUAUUUAAUUAAACUUGUCAAAAAACUA